AUGAGCCUGAUUAAAACACCACCAGUAUCAGGGCCAGAGAAGGGCCGCGAUGUAGAUGGUCAAUUCGUUGCAGAAACACUUGUAGCAGAUUGCACAUUUGACCCAAAACGGAUCGUCCUCUGCACCGACUUCACGCUUGAACGUGGGAGCUUCGAUUUCGGGAAUGUAGGGGCUUCGCCUGGAGAUAUUGCAGUCGUAUGA